CGUAAGUCGGCGACGCGCUCCUGCAUCUGUUGUGAUUCGGCUGAAGAAAGUGUCCAAACAACUCCUGGUGAAGCGACUGAGAUCCACAUGACACACUGUUGUAAAGAUGGAGUUUAUUAAAGAGGAGAGUGAAGACGUGAAGAUUGAAGAAACAUUCAGAGUCAAACAUGAAGAAACUGAGGAACAAACAGAUCUGAUGGCACUGAAAGUGGAGAAUGAAGAACUAAUUGAAAUGAAAGAGAAAGAUUGUUAUGGGAAACAUUAUAUCAUAAGGAGAAAAAUCUUUUAGUUGCUCACAGACUGAAAGCAUUUCCUCAGAAAAAAUCACUCAAAAGACUUCAAAGAGUUUAACUGGAAAACGACACAUGAAAGUUCACAACGGAGCAAAGUCAAUUAGAUGUAAUCAGUGUGGAAAGAGUUUCACAAAAAAAUCACAGCCUUAAAAGGCAUGUAAAAAUUCACACUGGAGAGAAGCCUUUCACCUGCCAGCAGUGUGUAAAGAGCUUCAAGGAUAAAGGACACCUUAAAGGCCACAUGAGGACUCACACUGGAGAAAAGUCUUAUACCUGCCAACAGUGUGGAAAGAGCUUUACUGCAAAUGGACAUCUUACAGUCCACAUGAGAAUUCACACUGGAGAGAAACCUUUCACCUGCCAACAGUGUGGAAAGAGCUUUGCUGAAAAAGGACACCUUAGAUCCCACAUGAGUAUUCACUCUGGAGAGAAGCCUUACACCUGCAAACUGUGUGGAAAGAACUUCACUGAUAAAGGAAACCUUCAAGUCCACAUGAGAAUUCACACUGGAGAGAAGGUGUUCACAUGUGAUCAGUGUGGAAAGAGUUUCACUCAAAAAAUACAUCUUAAUGGCCACAUGAGAAUUCACACUGGAGAGAAACCUUUCACCUGCAAAUUGUGUGGAAAGAGCUUUACUGAUAUUGGAAUCCUUAAAGUUCACAUGAGAAUUCACACUGGAGAGAAGCCCUUCCCCUGCCAAGAGUGUGGAAUGAAUUUCACUCAAAAAGGACAUCUUAAAGUCCACAUGAGAAUUCACACUGGAGAGGAGCUUUUCAGCUGCCAACAGUGUGGAAAGAGCUUCACUCAAAAAGGAAACCUUAAAGUCCAUGUGAAAAAUCACAAUGGAGAGAAGCCUUUCACCUGAAAACUGUGUGGGACAAGCUUCACAACAGAAAUAAACCUUGGGUAUCACAUGAACAUUCACACUGGAGAGAAGCCAUUCACAUGUGAUCAGUGUGGAAAGAGUUUCAAACAUAAAGUAAUCCUUAAUGGCCACUUGAGAAUUCAGUGCUCAUGAAGUGUUGAAAAAUUUUCAGUUUAAACUUACACCUAAAAUGCCACCUGAACCCCUUUAGGACGAAUAAAGGCCAGAAAACACCAAGCCGACGCUGACGAACUAGUAGCGACGAAAGCAGACUGCGGGGUUGGCUCAUGUCGGCAGCACCUGUGUCCAAAGUUGGCCUGACACACCAAACCAACGCUAGACAGCCGACGGCCAUGUAGCACCUCCAUUAUGCAUGUAAGAUGAAAUGCCUUUCUGUACCAGCAGGUGGCAGUAGCUGAACAGCCAAACAGAAUGAUCAGAUGGACCGACGCUGAUUCAACAUGCCGAAUCAGCUGAAAACAAGCAGAUGAAGACCAACUUCAGCCGACGGUGCGGAACACACUGAGAAAAAAAGUCGGCCGACGAUUAAAAAGCUACCCGACGGCCGACUGUCGGCUUGGUGUGUUCCUGCCUUAAGGUGCCAGUGUGUUCUGCUGGAUUUUUUGUUUCACAUAGCAGCAAAAUCGACUCAAAAUAAUCUGGCAUUUAUGGUCAUACAGAUAAAAGAUGCAAUACUUCAUGUGAAAAUGUAAAGGGUCUUCAUUUGAGUCCGCUUACAAUCUAAACAAAACAUUGUGCUAUUGUAAAAUAAAGAAAAACAAGCAGGGUGUA